AAAUUGAUUAAGAGAACAUUGUUUCAGAUAUACAUACAAAAUGACGCGGUUCAAGACAAUAUUGGUGACGGGAGGCGCUGGCUACAUUGGUAGCCAUUGUGUGGUAGAUCUUUUGGAAGCUGGACAUGAUGUGGUGGCCAUAGACAACUUCGCCAACGCUGUAGGAGACGACGAAGGUUCCCCAGCGCUGAGAAGAGCUGAAGAAAUCACAGGGAAAAAGAUCACUUUCUACAAAGCAGACCUUUUAGAUAAGCCGCAGAUAAACGCAAUAUUUGAUAAGCACCAAGUGGACUGUGUGAUACACUUCGCUGCUCUGAAGGCAGUCGGCGAGUCCAUGCAGCAACCCCUACUUUACUAUCAGAACAACCUACUGGGCAUGCUCAAUUUACUAGAAAUAAUGCGCUCACACGACUGCUACCAACUGGUAUUCUCGUCUUCCUGCACAGUCUAUGGGGAGCCUGAAAGUCUGCCCAUCACCGAGUCCCAUCCUACGGGGAACAUCACUAACGUCUACGGCAGAACUAAAUACUUCAUCGAGGAAAUGCUCAAAGACUUGAGCAGAGCUGAAGAGAAAUGGAACAUUAUCUCCUUGCGGUACUUUAACCCCGUGGGCGCGCACCCCUCCGGCCUGAUCGGCGAGGACCCCACCAAGGAGUUCACUAACCUCAUGCCGUUCAUGGCACAAGUGGCCCUUGGGAAGAAACCAGUAUUGACUGUCUUUGGCAAUGACUACAAUACACCAGAUGGCACUGGCAUAAGAGAUUACAUCCACGUCAUGGACCUGGCGAGUGGUCACGUCGCCGCUCUCAAUUUACUAAGUCAAAAUCAUAUAAGAUUGAAGGUAUACAACUUGGGCACCGGAAGAGGAGUCUCAGUUAAAGAGCUGGUGGAAGUGUUCGAAAGGGUGACCAGCACUAAGAUCCCUCUGAAGUAUGUGGCGCGAAGGUUGGGAGAUAUCACAGCUAUGUGGGCGGACGCUUCUCUCGCCAACACAGAGCUGGGCUGGACCACGAAGUACAGCAUUGAGGAGAUGUGCACCGACUUCUGGCGCUGGCAGACGAUGAACCCUGACGGGUACCCCAAGAAGAACAUCAAGACCAGUGUCAUCGUCAAUGGGAAAAGUUAAUGCAAUGUUGGAUCUACUUUAAAUUAAUUAAUUACUUGUAAUAAAGAGUGUCGUAUAAUAUUUUUAUUAAAUAAGUUUAUUUUAUUUA